AUCAUAAAACAACAAACACGGGGUAAUGUAGCAGUGCAUACGAAUACUUCUUUCUAGAAACGGGCGAAAAUAUGAGUAAUACCGAGAAUCAAGGCAUCGUACAGGUUGAAGACACCACCGAUAAAGAAAAUAUCGAACCUCCAGCGAAAAAACCCAAAACUGAGACCAAGAAAUUGGAAGAUUUGGAAACGAGAUUGUACGAUAUUCUGAGCUGUAACGUAUGUUUGUCUUUACCUUCUAAGGAGAUCUAUCAGUGCCCACAUGGACACCUUAUGUGCUGCAGCUGUCUUACUCAUCUCCUAGCAGAUGCUAGAUUGAAAGAUGAGCAGGCAACUUGUCCAAACUGCAGGACAGAGAUCAGUCGCAGCAACUGCUCCAGAAACCUUGCAGUUGAGAAGGCAGUGUCAGAGCUGCCUACAAAAUGUCAGUACUGCAGCCAGGAAUUUCUUCGUGUUAUUGUAAGGUUGCAUGAGAAGGAGGAGUGCACUGAAAGGUUGGUUGAAUGCAAGUACAAGAGACUGGGUUGCCAGUGGCAAGGCCCGUUUCAUGAGUUAUCUGGGCAUGAAGGGGAAUGUUUGCAUCCCAAUAAGACUGGCAUUGAGCUAAUGACAGCUUUGGAUACAAUAGAUGAAACAAAUGCAAAGCGAGUGAAGACACUAGAAACCAUUGUUGGGCUCCUGUCCUUUGAAAAGAUCGCUAUAAAUGAUUUACAGCUGAGAUCAUACCGGACAGAUGACUUCAUCCCACAGCUCUACUAUGAGACAAGCCGCUUUAAUGCUUUAGGACAGCAGUGGGUCGUCAAGGUCAAGGUUGACGGCAGUGAAAAGAUCCUUAAGAGAAAUCUGCUUUUCCAGCUCAUACAGAAAACAAAGGGACAAGUAAAGAUCAAGUUCAUGAUGAUUCGCAGUCCAUUUGGUGACCUCUCUGUCAAUCCUACAUUACAUUAUCAUGAGUUCACAGCUGAUCUGCUGGAGAGUGAGUUUUAUGAACUGGCAUUUGUGGACAAUCUUGAAGCCAACAAAAUGUUAGCCUCUAAGAUAAUCAACUUAAGACUGAUGAUGUUCCAAUUAUCUAACUAAAUGACAGAGUUUGACCACUAAAAUAAAUAUAAAAAAUGGCUUAUUUUGAAUUACGGUUUUAUAACUGAUCUUUGAAAGUAUUUUGUUCAGUUUUAAUUAUUUGCUUGAUUUGCUUUAAGCAUCUCUGAAGGCUUCAUGAUGACAAAUAAGCUAACUUCAAUAAAAAUAAUUCAAAAUUUGAAAGGUUAAAAGAACAUUUACCAAAAGGUUUAUGCUAUAUAAUAAAUAAAUUUGCUCUAUGCUACAAUUUUUUCUGGCAAUAAACUUUGUCAUUAAAAUCAA